AUGUCUGUUGGCUUGACUUCCAUGCAGUCAGUUUCAUUAUCAAAUGCAACGUUUAUUCGUCCCUCCAGCUUUUAUCUCAUUGGACUUUACAAUGUCCCACAUGCAAAGUACUUCUAUGUGUUUCUGUGCAUUGUUUAUGCAGUGACUGUUUUAGGGAAUUUCUUCAUAAUGGGCACCAUAUAUCUGGCACGCAGCUUACACACUGCUAAAUAUAUAGCUGUCUUCAACCUGGCCUUGUGUGAUCUGUGUGGAAGCUCUGCUCUCAUUCCAAAGGUUCUGGACAUGUUUCUGGUUGAGAAUCAGUACAUAUCUUAUGAAGCCUGUCUAGGAAACAUGUUUUUUGUUUAUGUCUUUAUGACCAUGCAGUCUCUUACUCUGCUUGCUAUGGCCUAUGACAGGCUGAUUGCUAUAUGUUUUCCAUUAAGGUAUCAUGCUAUUCUCACCAACACUGCAAUGACUUUGAUCAUUGGUGCUAUGUGGAUUUUCUCUCUGAGUGUCAUUACGCUGAUGGUAGCUCUAAUUACCAGAUUGUCCUUCUGUAGAUCCACUACAGUUGACAGCUAUUUCUGUGAUCAUGGUCUUUUUUACCUAGCCUGUAAUGAUUACUCCAUGAAUUUCAUAAUUGGCAAUGUCUUAACUGCUGCAUUGCUUUACUUUCCACUGAUAUUAAUAGCCCUCUCAUAUGUUUGUAUUGGUUUUGCAUUACAGAACAUCUCACAUGGAGCUGAGCAAAGCAAAGCAAUGAAAACCUGCAUCUCCCAUGUGAUAUUAGUGGCCAUGUUCUAUCUACCAAUUAUUAGUGUUUAUACUAUAGCUUUUACAAUUCCUAUAAGUGCAAACGUCAGAAUAAUCAAUACUGCUCUGACACAAACCAUUCCACCCAUGUUAAACCCCAUCAUAUAUACUCUUAAAACAGAGGAAAUAUUACAGUGUAUUAAAGUGCUCUUCAAACAAACCAGGGUGAUCUCUGCAGUGGAAAGAUCUGUGAAAAAAGACUGCAAGAAAUUGACACACUAA